CGCUGGCCCUGUGCGGCUACUUCGAGGAGCAGCGAAUGGACUUCCAGGGCAAGAGCGUCAUCGAGCUGGGCGCCGGCACCGGCAUCGUGGGCAUCGUGGCCGCGCUGCUGGGUGGGCAGGGGACCCCGGUGACCCCCAGCCCCACGGUGGCCGGCCCGG